AUGGAACAGGAAAUAAAAAUUAACUGUUUUAAUGUAGCACUUGAUAAUAUGAUAAGUGGGCUAAAUGAUAGGUUUAGUCAAGAAACUUUAGGUAUUAUUUCUUCUGUCGGUAAUGUUUUGCAACUUAGUCCAACAGUUGACAAUAUUAAACUACUCAAUAAAGUAUUUACAAUUGACAUGGAUAAACUAGAACAAGAAAUUAAACUUCUUAAAGGAUUUACUGACAUUCCUUGUGGAUCUUCUACAACAAAUAUUGAUCAAUGGUUAGAUUGGUUACAGCAGUUAGAUCGAAAAAACCUUUUUUCACAUUUUUAUGAUGUUUUAAUGGAAUUUUUGGUCAUUCCAGUCACGUCAUGUUCUUGUGAAAGGUCAUUUUCUAAACUCUCUAUUGUCAAGUCAAAACUUCUCAAUACUAUGACACAAAAUAGACUUGAAGCGUUAUUACUGAUGUUUGUCGAGCAAGAACUAUUAUCAGAACUUGACUAUGAUAAUAUAAUUGAUGAGUUCAAAAAUAUCAUUCCUCACAACAGACGUUUGAUAUUGUAA